GGACGCUGAGAGUAUCCUCUUCCUUCAAAAAGCCCUCUGGUUCGUGUGCACUCGCACCGUCGCACGAAGGCUGCUACGCUAAUAUGGCGGCCCUGAAACUGCUUCUCUCUCAAGCUCGACGCCAUUACCUCACCAAUCAUCAUUCUCAUUUCCACUCUUCUCUUUUUCUUCGGUCUCGGAGAUCCCUUUGUUCUUCGUCUUCUUCUUCACAAUCCGAUGAAUCAGACUCAAAAUCUCCACCCUCUCCAAGUAGACCCACCCCAACCAUUUCAAUCCAACCCGUUUCAUAUCCGGUUAAACCUAAAGACCCAUCGCCUCCAGAUAAUGCUGAAUCCUCCGAAGCUAAAUUACAAAAUCAAUCGCCGGCGCCACCACCUCCUCGCCGUCCACGGGGACCGACAUUGGCGGAAGAUACCGCUGAGUCACGGCGGGCUUGGACCAGGGAAGAUAUUCGGUAUGUAAAGGACGCACCUUCGAUAGCUCCGGUGUCCUAUCCUUUGCGAGUGGCGCCGCUUCCUGAAGAUAAGACUGCUGCUGGUGCUGAAGCAGGAAAGGAUGAUGGCGCGAAGGCGAACGAGGAAAUUGAGAAAGAGACUAGAAAAAUUAGGGCGGAUGAUCAGUUGAAGAGGAGAGUUAUUAGAGCUGCGGAAGAGGAGAAGGUGCGGGUUCCUUUUCCAACUCUGAUAAAGGUGAAGCAAAAGGAGAAGCCGCCUAUCCUUGAUUUGACCGAGGCAAUUCGCCAAGUUAAGGCCAACGCAAAGGCAAAAUUUGAUGAAACCGUCGAGGUGCAUGUAAGAUUGGGUAUUGAAUCAAAGCGAACAGAACUGGCAGUUCGCGGUACUAUGAUUCUUCCUCAUGGCACACCUAAGGCCGUCAGUGUGGCUGUUUUUGCAGAAGGAGCUGAUGCGGAGGAAGCUAGAGCUGCAGGAGCUGAUAUAGUUGGGGCUAAAGAGCUUAUUGAGGAGAUUGCUAAUGGUAAUAACAAGCUUAGAGUUGACAAGUGCUUCUCAACUCCAGGAAUGGCACCUCAUCUUGGAAAGAUAGCACAAUAUCUUAGAAAACGUAGACUGAUGCCAGACAAGAAACUAGGUACUCUGACCAGUGAUAUUCCUGGGCAGCUGAAUGAGCUGAGACAGGGUCGUGUGGACUUUAAAAUGGAAAGCAAAUCAAUUGUCCAUGCGGGAAUUGGGAAGGUAAGCUUCAGAGAGGAGCAAUUGCGUGAAAACAUAGGUGCAUUCAUGAAUGCUCUAUUGGCUGCCAAGCCUGCUGGCUUAAAGAAGACUUCAAAAUAUGCUGGAUAUGUCCUAUCUGUCCAUAUGAGCAGCACGAUGGGCCCGGGGUACCCUGUUUCAAUACAAUCCUUAUCAAGAGCAGCUGAUAAUUACAAGUCUCUGAAUCUGCUUUAGGUCCCUCGGUGAUACUCUAAUGGUGGGGAAGGCCGCGAUCGUGGAGGAGAGGAAGAAGUUGUGCACUUUUUUUUUUUUUUUUUUCCCAACUCAAAUAUUAUUUUGUCACAUUUGUCUCCAGCUCAUCCUUUUUUGUCAAAACGUUCCUUGUAAACGGUCAACGUUGUUCAAUUUAACACCAGUAGCAUUUUAGGGCCCCUUUGAAUCAUCUUGGGUAUUUUUUCUCCUAAUAUUUUAUUAUGGGGUUUGAUCCUCCUUUUUGAUAUUAUAAUAUGUAAAUUUGUCUCAAUUUUUCUUUUUUUAAAACUUUCAUCAUUUCAUCAUUGAUUCUAUAAGGUUGCUUGAAGCCUUGUGUUAUAUGUGACAAUUGAUCAGCUAGACUUCCAUUUUUAGCAA